AUGCCACCAAAGAAGGAGGUCAAGCAAGAGAAGGUUUUGCUGGGUAUGUUUUGCGCUACUGGUAGAUCAAAGAAGCAGUCAGCUGAAUUCUCUCAGGAAGACCUGGUAACAACUUGAAAAGUGGGAUUGUAUGUUCGGCUUCACUGUGCGUGCUCUGCGCGUGCGUUCAAUACAGACACUAACCUCGCACAGGUUGGACUUGCGAACGUAGGAAAGUCGACGUUCUUCCAAGCGCUCACCAAGUGCUCACUCGGAAACCCCGCCAACUUUCCAUAUGCCACAAUCGACCCCGAAGAGGCUCGUGUCAUCGUGCCCGAUGAGCGUUUCGACUGGCUGUGCCAGCAAUACAAGCCCAAGUCGCAAGUACCGGCCAACUUGACAGUCUACGAUAUCGCCGGCCUUACGCGAGGCGCGUCGACUGGUGCUGGUCUCGGGAACGCCUUCUUAUCUCACAUCCGUGCAGUGGAUGCCGUCUUCCAGGUCGUGCGAUGUUUCGAUGAUGCAGAGAUCAUACACGUCGAGGGUGACGUUGACCCCAUCCGCGACUUGGACAUCAUUAGCGAGGAGCUGCGAAUCAAGGACAUCGAGUUCGUUGAGAAGGCGCACGAGAACCUUGUCAAGCAGACUCGAAGAGGUGGGCAGAGCUUGGAGAUGAAGAAGUUGAAAGAAGAGCAGGCCACCGUCGAGAAAGUCCUGGAGAUGUUGAAGUCGGGCAAGGAUGUCCGUAAGGGCGACUGGUCACCCAAGGAGGUAUGUUAACACAUCCCAGCAUCUCCCUAUCCCCCCUCUCGUGAUGAAUCAGAGAUCAAAUCUCUAUAAUCCCAGCUCUUAGAACCCUCACCUUACCAACGCUUCGAGGAGUUAUGAUAAGACGUCCCAUCUGAUCGAAAGCCCUACUCUACCGCCCUUUUCAUGAUCACUGAGAAGAGCAUCGGCUAAUGCAGCAAACCUACAGGUAGAGACCAUCAACCCGCUUUUCUUGCUGUCCGCAAAGCCCGUUGUGUAUCUUGUCAAUCUCAGUGAGAAGGAUUACAUCCGACAGAAGAACAAGCACUUGCCCAAGAUUGCUGAGUGGGUCAAGGAGCACGCUACAGGCGACCCAAUCAUUCCCAUCUCCGUGUCCCUCGAGGAACGUCUCACACGCUUCGAGACUGAGGCCGAGGCAGAGGAGGAAUGCAAGAAGAUCGGCACCAAGUCUGCUCUUCCCAAGAUCGUCACCACGAUGCGAAAGGCAUUGAACUUGGGCUCGUUUUUCACAACCGGCCCCGACGAGGUGCGGCAAUGGACUAUCCGAAAUGGCACUAAGGCUCCACAGGCUGCUGGUGUCAUUCACGGCGAUUUCGAGAAGACAUUCAUCCAAGCAGUCGUGUACAACUACACCACUUUGCGAGAGGAAGGCGACGAAGCGUCAGUGAAAGCCAAGGGCAAAGUCAUGACCAAAGGCAAGGAAUAUGUGGUGGAGGACGGUGACAUCUUGCUCAUCAAAGCGGGAGCCGCGAAGUCAUAA